CGGGAAGCAGCCAGCGCCGGGGACAGGCGGUCGCGAGCACGAGUGGGGUGGGGCGUGCCCACGGCCCCCGCCCCCCUCGGCCCCUUCUUCCCUUCCCAAGCCCAGUCCCGAGCCGCAGUCCCCGCGCGCGAGCCGUGGGUCCGUGUCGCCCCCCUUCCCCGCCCGUUCUGUGAACACCCAGGCUUCCUGCACGCUGUGGAGAGGGGACUAGGGGGACAGGGACGGCCCCUGCGGCAGCAGCCGUCGGGGAGGGGCGGACCCGAGGCCAGGCGAGCCCCGCGGAAGCCGGGCACGGGGUCCGGGACGCAGCGGGGAGCGCAGAGCGCUGGCGAGCGCCGCGGACACAGCAGGCGGAGGUCCGGGCCUCCCGGGUGACAGGGCCUGCGUGGCGUGGCGGGGAGAAGAGGACCGGAGGCCAGCAGGGAAGAGGCUGGACCUAGAACAAGGGCAGCUGCCUCACUCCCUCCGCUGAGCGGUGGUGACCCAGGAAUUGGGAGACGCUUCACCCAUCCUAAGGAAGAGACGUGCUUUCCGGGUUGGCCCUGGUAUUCAGACAGCUCUGCCUUGCGGAAGGGGUCUUUGGAGCCCGAUUGCCACCCCACGGUCCCCUAGCAGGCCGCUAGGCCCUAGAGAGGAGCCCAGCUAGAAAGGAGGCCCCAGUCCUUGCUGCUCCCUGGGGAGACAGGACAAAACGGUUCCUUGCCACCCCCAGGCCCAGGAGGAGUGGGCCAGCAAGAGAGGGGACCUGGCCCCUGAGGCAGUAGCGGCCAUGUCACGGCCAGGCCAGGGUGUGAUGGUGCCUGGGAACGGCCUGGGCUUCCCGCCGCAGAACGUGGCUCGGGUGGUGGUGUGGGAGUGGCUGAAUGAACACAGCCGCUGGCGGCCCUACACGGCCACCGUGUGCCACCACAUCGAAAACGUGCUCAAGGAAGACGCCCGUGGCUCUGUGGUCCUGGGGCAGGUGGACGCCCAGCUGGUCCCCUACAUCAUCGACCUGCAGUCCAUGCACCAGUUUCGGCAGGACACAGGCACCAUGCGGCCGGUGCGGCGGAACUUCUACGACCCGUCGUCGGCGCCGGGCAAGGGCAUCGUGUGGGAGUGGGAGAACGACGGCGGCGCGUGGACCGCCUACGACAUGGACAUCUGCAUCACCAUCCAGAACGCCUACGAGAAGCAGCACCCGUGGCUCGACCUCUCGUCGCUCGGCUUCUGCUACCUCAUCUACUUCAACAGCAUGUCGCAGAUGAACCGCCAGACGCGCCGCCGCCGCCGUCUGCGCCGCCGCCUGGACCUGGCCUACCCGCUCACGGUCGGCUCCAUCCCCAAGUCGCAGUCGUGGCCCGUGGGCGCCAGCUCGGGCCAGCCCUGCUCGUGCCAGCAGUGCCUGCUGGUCAACAGCACGCGCGCCGCCUCCAACGCCAUCCUGGCCUCGCAGCGCCGCAAGGCGCCCGCUGCGCCGGCCGCGCCUCCUCCUCCCGCCCCGCCGCCGCCGCCGCCGCCGCCGGGAGGGCCACCGGGCGCACUCGCCGUGCGCCCCAGCGCCACCUUCGCGGGAGCCGCGCUCUGGGCCGCGCCCGCCGCCGGCCCCGCCGAGCCCGCGCCGCCCCCCGGGGGACCCCCGCGGAGUCCCAGCGCCCCCAGCAGCGCGCCCACCCCGGGCCAGAACAACCUCAACCGGCCGGGACCCCAGCGUGCCACCAGCGUGAGCGUGAGCGUGAGCGCGCGAGCUGCCAUCCCACCUGGGGUCCCCGCGCUCCCAGUGAAGAAUUUGAAUGGUACCGGGCCAGUACACCCUGCCCUGGCAGGGAUGACCGGGAUCCUGCUUUGCGCUGCGGGGUUGCCAGUGUGUCUGACCCGCGCCCCCAAACCCAUCCUGCACCCGCCGCCCGUGAGCAAGAGCGACGUCAAGCCCGUGCCUGGCGUGCCCGGUGUGUGCCGCAAGACCAAGAAGAAGCACCUCAAGAAAAGUAAGAACCCCGAGGAUGUGGUUCGAAGGUACAUGCAAAAGGUGAAAAACCCACCUGAUGAGGACUGUACCAUCUGUAUGGAGCGUCUGGUCACAGCGUCGGGCUAUGAGGGCGUACUGCAGCACAAGGGUGUACGGCCAGAGCUUGUGGGUCGCCUGGGCCGCUGUGGCCACAUGUACCACCUGCUGUGCCUCGUGGCUAUGUACUCCAAUGGCAACAAGGAUGGCAGCCUGCAGUGUCCCACCUGCAAGGCCAUCUACGGGGAAAAGACGGGGACUCAGCCACCCGGGAAGAUGGAAUUCCACCUCAUUCCCCACUCGCUGCCGGGUUUCGCUGACACCCAAACCAUCCGUAUUGUCUACGACAUCCCCACGGGCAUCCAGGGCCCUGAGCACCCCAACCCGGGGAAGAAGUUCACCGCCAGAGGCUUCCCGCGUCACUGCUAUCUGCCCAACAAUGAGAAGGGACGGAAGGUUCUGAGGCUACUUAUCACGGCCUGGGAGCGAAGACUCAUCUUCACCAUUGGCACGUCCAACACCACGGGUGAGUCGGACACCGUGGUGUGGAACGAGAUCCAUCACAAAACGGAGUUUGGCUCCAACCUCACGGGCCAUGGCUACCCGGAUGCUAGCUACCUAGACAAUGUGUUGGCUGAGCUCACCGCCCAGGGUGUGUUGGAGGCUGCGACCAAGGCCUGAGACCUGACCUUCUCACCUUCCCUUCCGCUUUGCCCCUGGUCCGGCACACGCCUCCCUCUGCCAGGUGUGCCCCUGGUGGCCCAGAUCGAGGGCUGUGGAGGAGCUUUUAGGAGUUGGAACCGUUCAGGGGACCUGGCUGGUGGCAGUUGGGGUGACAGGAAAACACCAGGCCAGCCAGCUCGGACCAGAAAGUCCCUGAAAAGGUCACAGAGAGAGGGCUGGAAACCACAGAGACCGCCCUACCAAAAAGAUAGCGCCCACCCCUCACACACGAACACACGUGUCCUGUUGAACACACGCACGCACGCACACCCAUGUGCCUCUAUUUUCUCCCAGACUGGGAAAGAAGAGACAGAAAGACCCCUGUGACACCCCACGUGGAGUCCAUCCAUGUCCCUGUCACAUCUGUACAGCUUGUCUGCCCCUAGGAUUCAGGUUCAGCACUGAUGGGACUCCCAGGGGACAGAGGACUAGGGGAGCGCUGUCUCCCCCUUAUGCCUCACCCUCCUUGUGUCAUCUCUGCCUCCCACUUACUGGGCACUGCAAGCUGGUGGGGUGGAGGCCCUCAGAUUAGCUUUUUACACUGGGUGGGCUGGAGAGAGAGGGGUGGAGAGGUAUCUUGUUUUGUGCUUGUGUCUGUCUCUUUGUCCCUCUGGGACCCUGCCCUCCUCCUCCUGUCCCAUCUCCCGGCCUUAUGUCUACCCCAGAUAAAGACACUUUUUUCUUCAUUCCCUCCCCAUCCUCUCCACCAAAUCGCUCCCAACUUUGAGAUCCAAAGGCUGUUAACUUCUAGCUUCUGGCUCCAGGAGCAAGAGGAGGAGGCCUCUUUCAGGCCUGUGCAUUGGAAAAGGAGAACGGACAUCAAAGAGUUAACUCCCCUCUCCUUAGGAGUGGGCAGUGGGUGGCAGAGGAUAAUCUCCAGCCAAUCAGGGGCCUGUUGCCCAGGCAACUCACCAGCCCGCCUCUGUGAAUUGGCUGCCUUGGUGGAAGUCAGCCAAGAUUUAAAGGGACGCCAGCGAUUGCUCUUUUGAAAACC